UUUAUACAUAGUUCUUGCCAUCGGGCACUUAAAGAAGCUCGAUAAUUCGGGUAUUAAAGUGACAAUUGCUCCUUUAAGCCAUGAUCUUUGAAAACACACUCGUUUAAACAAAUCGCGUCGCAAACUCAGCACUGACACGUCCGUUCACCUCAGAAUGCGUGAAAUCGUGCACAUCCAGACCGGCCAGUGUGGUAACCAAAUCGGUGCCAAAUUCUGGGAAGUUGUCUCGGAUGAACAUGGAAUCGAUCGUGAUGGUGUAUACAAGGGCACGAAUGAUCUUCAACUUGAGCGGAUCUCUGUGUACUACAAUGAGGCUGGGGCAAACAAAUACGUUCCGCGCGCUAUUCUCGUAGACUUGGAGCCUGGUACUAUGGACUCCGUACGUAGUGGACCACUUGGAGGUCUAUUCCGCCCAGACAACUUCGUGUUCGGCCAAAAUGGAGCUGGUAACAACUGGGCAAAAGGCCACUACACUGAGGGUGCCGAGCUUGUUGAUGCCGUACUGGACGUUGUGAGAAAGGAGGCUGAGGGUACUGAUUGCCUCCAGGGCUUUCAGAUCACGCAUUCGCUUGGUGGUGGGACUGGUGCUGGUAUGGGUACACUGUUAAUUUCGAAGAUUCGUGAAGAAUACCCCGACCGAAUGAUGUGUACGUACUCCGUUGUGCCGAGUCCGAAAGUGUCAGACACUGUUGUUGAGCCCUAUAACGCGACCCUUUCCGUACACCAACUUGUCGAGAACUCCGACGAGACUUUCUGCAUAGACAAUGAGGCGUUAUAUGAUAUUUGUUUCCGUACUUUGAAGUUGACCACUCCAACUUACGGUGACCUCAAUCACCUCGUUUCGGUUGUAAUGAGUGGUGUUACGACAUGUCUUCGUUUCCCCGGUCAACUUAACUCGGACAUGAGGAAAUUGGCUGUAAACAUGGUUCCGUUCCCACGUCUACACUUCUUCAUGGUCGGCUUCGCUCCUCUAACUGCCCGAGGGAGCCAGCAGUACCGUGCCGUCUCCGUUCCGGAGCUUACACAACAAAUGUUCGACGCAAAGAACAUGAUGGCAGCGUCUGAUCCUCGUCACGGUCGCUAUCUCACUGUUGCCGCUGUGUUCCGAGGAAAAGUUUCCAUGAAGGAAGUCGAAGAGCAGAUGCAGAAUGUGCAAAACAAGAACGCGGCUUACUUCGUUGAAUGGAUUCCAAACAACGUGCUUACCGCUCAGUGUGACAUUGCACCGCGCGGUACGAAGAUGGCCGUAACGUUCCUAGGAAACUCAACAGCCAUUCAAGAGCUUUUCAAGCGUGUUAGCGACCAGUUUACUGCCAUGUUCAAGCGCAAAGCCUUCUUGCAUUGGUACACUCAAGAGGGCAUGGAUGAGAUGGAGUUCACCGAGGCCGAGUCCAACAUGCAGGACCUCGUUGCCGAAUACCAGCAAUACCAGGAUGCCACCGUUGAGGAGGAAGGCGAAUACGAAGAAGAGCUUCCCCUCGAAGAAGAGCAAUAAACGCUUAUCUCGGCUUUCUUAGCUCUUUGCAUUACGACCUUUAUUAAAAAUACCAGGAUUUCUCCCGACGACAUUCUUUACGUCCUCCCUCUGCAUAGUUUUGUUUUCUCUUGCUAGUCUGCUGCCCUCGUUUACCAUUUACGCUACUCUGCACCAAUUUAGCUCUGAUUGCGGUUUUACUUCUUUUAUUUCUUUUCUUUGCGU